CGUUAUUCCACGCGGGAUACAAGCUUGGUGUUGGUUUGUUGUCUCCGGAGCCUUACGUUAACUCUUGAAGGCAUCGUUGUUGCUGAUCAGGUGGUUGAUGAAGGACCUCCAGGUGUUUCCCAGGAACUGCUUUAAUGAUGUUAAAGGAAGAAGUGCUGCUGCUUUGGAUGCUAGAAAAAGGUUUCCUGCUCCACCAAAGCUCAUUGUCUUGAAUCCUCUACGUCCCUUCAACCGGUAAGAAAGCAAGUUUGGAUCACGUGACUUCAAAUAUCUUCAUCAUGCCAGCGCACUGAGGAGCCGACUGUUGUUGGUGUUGAAAAGAUUGUAAACACAGCUGUAGGUGAGACCAGCGCUGUUAUGUGUCUAAAAACAUGUUGGAGGAAAUAGAUGAGCCUGUCUUACAGACAGUGAACAGCAGGAAAAGACGUCAUCAGCCUGAAAAUGCUGCUCGUACUGAGGCUGAAGAAAACCAAUACAGCGGUUCUCGCUGCGUCCCAUCUAUAGCUUGCAGUCACAACAGUCCUGUGUGUGUCGCUGCCAGUCUGACAGAAACUGAUCUGGCACACAUUAAAGAGCAACUUUAUCGCACCAGUGACAAAGUUAAACAAGAUUCAAUCCUGCUCACGUUUAUGGAUGCUGCUCCAUAUAAACAGAAGAGGCCGCAGGUGGAGGAAGAGGAGAAGAGACAACAGCAGCGAGAAGUGUCCAUAAAGUAUGCUGUCUACAAAGAAGACAAAACACGAGUUCCUGUCUGCCAGGCUUCGUUCCUCAGCAUUUUCUGUAUCAAGAAAGAUCGAGUCCACGGUGUGGCAAAGUACUUGCUCGAGAAUGACAAAGUACAUCUUGAAAAUCGUGGAGGGUCCAGAGAAAGUGGCGCCAUGGCUGCAAAGAAGGAAAAAGUCAGACUUCACAUCCAGUCUUUCGCCUGCAGAGCUAGCCACUAUAUUCGACGUGGUGACCCUGGUAGAAAAUUCCUACCCAGCGACUUGAAUGUGGCAGUGAUGCACCGCAUGUUUCUCGAGCAAAACCAUGAGCAGUUAUCCUACGCACUCUAUAGGAGUAUUUUUGUGCAUGAUUUUAAUCUGGCCUUUGGACAUCCUGCCAAAGAUGUCUGCUCGUCUUGUGUCAAGUAUCGCGUUGCAGUCAAAGACACUGAGUUGUCUGCGGAGGAGAAGCGUAACAAAAUCCUGCAGUAUACAGUGCACCGACGCCAAGCCCGCCAGCUUUACCAAUUAUUGAAUGAUGUGGGUGAGAGCUUCACGGUGUGCUUUGACAUUAUGGAGAACUUGGUUCUUCCAGAGUCUGGGGUUGGUCAGACGUACUCCUCAAAGCAGCUGUACUUCUGUGUGUUUGGUGUGGUGCGUCACCGUGGCACAGAACACCCUCUAAGCAGACAUGACAUCAACCUCUACACCUGGCUUGAGUGUGAGAACUCAAAGGACAGGAACAUCAUUACCUCAGCUCUACAACACUACUUUGCAACAGUGGCUCGAGUUGACCUGUGCCAGUGUCAGAGCCUGCGCCUGUUCUCUGACUCCUGCUAUGUACAGAAUGAGGACAUCAAUGUUCUGUCCAUGUUAUUUGCUCUCCGUUCGCAGCUGUUCCCUCAGCUCAGCAUCACCUAUUUCUUUCCUGUCCGAGGACACAGUUUCCUUCCAGCUAACAGAGUGUUAGGAAGAAUUGAGCAGGAUAUCCAGAAACAUCCAUCCAUUCUUCUUCUGGAUGACUACACCAAGAUCUUGCAGAGGCAUGGCACGGUCCACCAACAUGGAAAGGAUUGGCAAUCCUAUGACUUUACAAAAGAAGCAGCGUCCUUCACAACCACUCAGAGGACCUUCAAACUCAGCGAUGCAAGAGUGUUGCAAAUUUCAGGAGAUACGCUGGGGUUCAAGGCUUUGUUUACUGAUGAAUUUUGCCAGCACUCUGUGUUGAAGCAAGGCAAGAGGUGGUCUCAGUUCAAGCUGGCUCCCCUUCGUGAUGUGAACUGUAUCAAGGAGGAGAAGAAAACAGAGCAGCAGACUUGUAGCCAGGAGAGGAACUCCAAUCUGGACCAGGAGGACCCAGAGCCUCCACAGAUUAAAGAGGAACAGGAGGAAGUCUGCAGCAGUCAGGAGGGAGAGCAGUUUGUACUGAAGCAGGAGGCUGAAGGCAUCUGGACUGAUGAAGAGCAACUCAGACUGCUGAAGACCAUCUGGAAACCUGAGAUAAAGUCAGACAGAAUAGAUCUCCAACAGCAACAUACCUGUAAGAAGGAGGAGGUUCUUACAGACGAGCAGGUCUGUAACCAGGACAGGAACUCCAAUCUGGACCAGGAGGACCUAGAGCCUCCACAAAUUAAAGAGGAACAGGGGGACUUUGACCCUCCACAAAUUAAAGUGGAACAGGAGGAACUCUGCAGCAGUCAGGAGGGAGAGCACUUUGGACUGAAGCAGGAGGCUGAUGCCUUCAUGGUGACUACAUAUGAGGAAGGUGACCACAGUGAACCAGAACCAAACAGUGAGUAUGUGGCCUCAGGAUCAAAUAUAAAUGCAGAGCUGAAAAAUAUGACACAUCACAGAAAGAGAAGUCACAGUCAGCGAGCAGAAAACACUCCUGUGUCAGAGAGUCAGAGUCAAACUGGCACAAGGAACAAGUCUAUACAAUGUGACACCUGUGGGAAAAGAUUCAGGUGGAGGAUACAGUUAAAGAAACACAUGAGAAUUCAUGCUGGUUAAAAGUUUCAUGCUCAGAAAAUGUGGGACAGCUGUGACUCAUAGCAGUGUGAUGGUAGAGCUCACACUGAGCAGAAGUAAAGUAAAAAAUUGACCCAUAUUCAAGUCAGUAUUUUCUUUGCAGAGCAGUAAAGAACUCAGCAUUCUUUAUUCAGUUUAUUACCUUAUUCUUAUAAUUGUAUCAGGGAAACUCUGAUCUUACAUUCAUGGUACUUUGAUACAUUCAUCAAAGUUCAGUAUGCUUCUGUUCUGUUGGUUCAUUGUUUAGUUCUGUUGU